AUCCGGUUAAAUUUAAGUCAGGAUGCACACACAAUUAUGAUUACAUUUGCGUAGCUUUUUCUGUUUAUUUCAUUUGUUCGAUUUCUUUCGGCAGUGUGAAAUAGUUUGAUUUUGUAGUUUAGUGACGGUUUUAAGAAGUCGUCUCUGUAAGGCUAACUGCUAAGCUAGGCACGGGCUCCUCAUUGUUAGCCUAGCUGUAGCCUCCGCUUUCACUUCUCGUCUGGGAGGCGACUCGGACCCGCCGCUGCUAACUAAAGAGCCUGGUUACUAAGGCGGGGUUUCGUUUUCUCUGUGUGUGGAGUGACGUUUUUGAGACUUUCACUGUUCUUUUAAUAGAGGAUUGAACGGAAACGAGCCGCUGGUUGCGUUUUCACGCGCAUCGAGUAGCCAGCCGGCUAACUUCGAGGAAACUAAUCUUUACCUCCAGCUGAGACGAAGAGACUUUAGAUCGUUGGGUAAAUACUGAUUUCACUGGUUUCGUUUCAGUAUUAGUGUUUUUUUUUUCUUGCCACGAUGGCCUCCUCCUCUGGAAACGAUGACGACCUCACCAUUCCCAGAGCAGCCAUCAACAAGAUGAUUAAAGAAACUCUGCCCAACGUCCGAGUGGCCAACGACGCCAGGGAGCUGGUGGUCAACUGCUGCACCGAGUUCAUCCACCUCAUUUCCUCUGAAGCCAACGAAAUAUGCAACAAAUCCGACAAGAAGACCAUCUCCCCGGAGCACGUCAUCAACGCCCUCGAGAGCCUCGGUUUCGCAUCGUACAUCACGGAGGUGAAAGACGUCCUGCAGGAGUGUAAAACCGUGGCCCUGAAGAGGAGGAAGGCCAGCUCGCGACUGGAGAACCUGGGCAUCCCAGAGGAGGAGCUCCUCAGACAGCAGCAGGAGCUGUUUGCAAAGGCCCGGCAGCAGCAGGCGGAGCUGGCCCAGCAGGAGUGGCUGCAGAUGCAGCAGGCCGCCCAGCAGGCUCAGAUGGCGGCGGCGGCGUCCGCCAGCGCGGCCCAGCAGGCCGGAUCCUCUCAGGACGAAGACGAGGAGGACGACAUGUGAUCUCAGGGCACCGCUCGACUUGUCCGACAUUGGGUGUCCGGGACGGCGGCGGCGGCACGCCGUCGACAGAGACUCGAGACGUCUCGGAGCACUGGAGAGCGCACGUUUGGAAAGAACUGAAAGAGAGAGAGGAGGAUUUAAAGAUGUCUGAAAAGGAACGGGAUUAAAAGGCGGUUAGGUUUUUGAUUCUUCUCAUGUCUCCCUUUUUAUUUGUUAGUUCUGGUCAAUGCCCACUCUGUUUUGUAAUUUGUAGAUUUGUGGCUGUGAGGAGCACACUGAAGGAACGGCUCACUGCUUUAUUCAUCACUCACAUUCAGUGGGUGAAGCUGUCAGUUCAUCUCCUUAUAUAGUGUUUGACUCAGUUUUCAACUAAAGAUUUGGUUUCUUUUCCCUUCCUCCAGGUAUAUUUGUUAAAAAAUAAAUAGUGAAAACUGAAUUUGUUCUGUUUUGUAGGCAAAACAGACAUGUUUUAUGCCGUUCAGUUUAUUUGUGUCAUUCUCUCCUUAGAACCACCACAGUAUUGGCAGUGCGCUACACCUUGACUAUAAAAUAAUUAACGAAUAUUUUAUUUUUUCUCUCAUGGAACCAAAGACGGAGGACAGACUGACAGGCCAGAGUUUGUUGUUAAAGGUGUAGGUGCUGCUGUGACGGUCAUUACUGACUCCAGAACAGUGUAAGCAAAGUAAAGGAAACUUUACCAGAUGUUUUCAUAUCCAGACUACAUUUAUUUUCUUUCUUUUCCCUCGGGUGCAGUAUCAGAACAUUUUCAUUGUGACUUGGGUCAAUCCUCAGUGUAAAAAAAAGGACAAGAAACCAAGUUUCAGUUGCCUAUUCUGUAUUCUUUAAGCAAUAAAGGAAUCAUUUUUGUAA